AUGGAGCCGGCCUGGCUGUGGCUGCUGGGAGCGGGGAUCCUGGCCUCCGCCCAUGGAGACAAGCGUCCGGGGUUGCCUCAAGCCCCCGGGGGUCGGCUCCCAGAGCCAGCGCCCGCCUACCACCAAAUCACACCCACCAUCACCAGCUUUGCUUUGCGUGUGUACAAGCAGCUGGCAGCGGAAACCCCAGGAAACAUCCUCUUCUCCCCGGUGAGCAUCGCCAGCUCCCUGGCCCUGCUCUCUCUCGGGGCCCAGGCAGACACCUCGACCCAGAUCCUGCAGGGCAUGGGCUUUAACCUCACGGAGACCCCGCAGGCCAGCAUCCACCGCGGCUUCCAGAGCCUCAUCCACGCCCUUGACCUGCCCAGUCCCAAACUGGAGCUGAAAGUAGGCCACUCCCUGUUCCUGGACAAGCAGCUGAAGCCUCGGCAGCGCUUUUUGGACGACAUCAGGGAGCUGUAUGGAGCCUUCGCUUUCUCUGUUAACCUCACAGAUUCUGCCACAGCCUGGAGGCAGAUGAAUGACUACGUGAGGAAGCAAACGUAUGGGCAGGUGGCGGACUGCCUGCAGGAGUUCAGCGAGGACACGCCCAUGGUUCUCCUGAACUACAUCUUCUUCAAAGCCAAGUGGAAGCAUCCUUUCCAUCGCUACCAGACCCAGAAGCAGGAGAGCUUCUUCGUGAACGAGAGGCCCUCCCUCCGCGUCCCCAUGAUGCACCAGAAGGAAAUGCACAGGUUCCUGUACGACCAGGAGCGGGCCUGCACGGUGCUGCAGGUCGAGCACAGCGGCAACGCGCUGGCCCUGCUCAUCCUCCCGGACCCAGGGCGAAUGCAGCAGGUGGAGGCCGCUCUGCAGCCCGAGACCUUGCGGACAUGGAGCCAGCUGCUCCUGCCCAGCCUGCUGGACUUGCACUUGCCAAGGUUUGCCAUUUCUGGAACAUAUAACCUGGAAGAGAUACUUCCCCACAUCGGGCUCAGCAACGUUUUCAACUUAGGAGCCGACUUGCUGGGAGUCCCUGGGCGGCUGAAUGGAACCAUCUUCCGGGUGUCGCACAAGGCAGCCAUGGACAUGAGUGAGCGGGGAACCAAGGCCGGGGCUGCCUCCGGCCUCCUCUCCCAGCCCCGGCCUCUGAACGUGACGUGGGCCCCCCACGCCCGUUUCAACAGGCCUUUCCUGGUGCUUGUCUGGGAGGUGGCCACCCAGAGCUUACUCCUCCUGGGAAAGGUCGCCAACCCGGCUGCAGGCUGACGCGGGGGAGGCAGGAGGGUCCCGUCGCCCCUGCAAACCCGCAGGCCGAGGGGAGGACCGUUCAUCCGUGUGCAGAGACCCAAUAAAG